CUCCGUUCUACUUCCUUGGGAGGAAAAAAGUUAGCAAAGGGUUUUUUAAUAUACUCUUAGGAUCAACAUAAACGGUCCGAUAAAAGACACACAAUUUCCUAAUCCCAACAUGGCCGACAAGAGCAAGUACGCACAAGUCGACGACGAUGCCAGCGACUAUGGGGAGGAAUACCAAAUGCCUGUGCGGCAACAGCGGGGAUGGAUUUCAAUAUUGAGCUCAUUUCUUCUUGGCCUCCUCACAAUGGGAGUCUUCAUGGCUUUUUAUUUAGCCUUUAUAAUGCCAGAACCGUCACACGCACGCAACCUACCGGACGCUCGCAACGGCUCUGAUCCCGACACUGGCCUUCCCUUAUCCUGGUCUCAUGGCGACUGCGGUAACUCGCCCGAAGACGCAAAAGCACGAGGCUGUCAAUACAGCAUCGUUCUUCACUCGUGGCUGCCAAAGUCUUGCCUUACAGAAGCUGAUGUUGAAGACGCCAAGGACAUGUACAAAGACCGCAAUUGGCCCUAUGAAACUGCGUUGGGCCACAACCUUACCAUGCAAGAGCUUGGCGCUGGCGAUUAUGGACACUUUACUACUACGUUUGACUGGCAUGUCACGCACUGCAUGUAUGUCUGGAAGCGGCUACACAGAAUCAUGUUGGAUCCGACGCAAGAGCUGGAUACAUACACGGCCAACUAUCAUCAUACAAGCCAUUGCGUAGAGAUGAUUGGCGGCCAUCCAGAGGGCAUGAAGGACUCAGGCACAAAAAUCUUUGUAAAGUAUCCGAAAUGCGCAAAAUAGAAGUUUCCAAUUUGGGAAAGUCGCAUGUGAAUAAUUGGUACCGCUUCAGCAAUAAAGUAGCAGAGUUACGAAGUAUAAGACUCAUCAACAAUAAAGAAGUGGAAAUUUUAUAUUCAUGGCUGAUUACCAUUGCCUUUGGCCAUGAAGCCAUAUUGAGGCUGUGCCUACAAAGAAGACUUGGAGGGCCUCUAAAAUGACAAAAGUCCCCAUUCGCCUAACACUUGCUUAAUAUUAUUUAUCUUUUCCAACUGUCAUGAUAUUCAUAAUAUCAUAUCGUAUAUUAC